CUGGAAGAGAUUUUGCACUGGGAUAUCUGACCUGCGUCAUUUUCGUUGGGUAAUCGUUUCCCAAUUCAUGCCCCCCAUGGUCCUAGAUCUGCGAUGGGGAACCAUGCGGUCCGGGGACUGGCAAAAAAUCCCGACUCCUUACGUCGUGGGGCGCCAUAUGAUUUUUUGACAUCGUAGUCUCCCAAAGGAUCAAGUCUGAUCUGGUUCGGGUCAGAGACUGUAGAUUCAACGUUGCAUGCAUCCAGAAAAAAAUAGGAAAAUAUAGAAAGGGUGCGUAGAAACCAGACUCUGCGCCGCAACCUCUCGUGCACAUCCCAAUGCGGUCAUUCCCGUCUUCAUCGGAUCCCCCAAAGCGGCGGCGUCGGACCUCGCCCGAAGGAUUCCCAGAACAAUUCGAUUCCCGGAAAGUGAUGGCAUCGGCCCUUUGGUCAUCGUGGUCUCACGGUGGAGCCGACCAACCAAUUGCGGUCUGUGCAGGUGCGUGGGGCAGUCUCUUUCCGGGGUGUUUAUCUGGUGGCUGAAAGUUCGAUGCAUGGAUCAGGGCAUCGCGCCACAAGGAUGCAGAGGCUCUGCAUACAGCAGUUUUUUUUUCUUUCGGUGGCAGGUAUGAUGAAUGAUUGCUUCCACUGUCGGUUAGACUCAGACAGGAGUUGCAUGAUUGAGCAACAGGGCUCCGGGGGUUGAAGUUGGAGAUGGAGUUGGAGUAGGCCCGCAUCGAAAGUGGGUAUAGUACCGUAUCCAAACUGCUUGGCCACGGGGAACACGAUCAGUCGGCAUCCCGCGUCUCUCGGUGUACCAAAAGGAAACUCCACGGCGAGGAGUCUGGAGAAGGAGUGGUCCAUCUAGAAAGAGGAUCAAAAUCUGGGGCAGAGAGAAGUCACGGUGGAAGAAAAGUGGAUGGCCCAAGGAAUGCCCGGCCGCAUUUGACGGCGGCUCUCUCUGUUGCAUCGCGCCUGCCCCGUUGGUCGCAUUGCGCUCUUUCCCUUUUUAAUCCAACCGGCAAAGUCCUUGAAUUUCUUUUUUCCCUACUUAUUUGCCAGUGCCCGCCUUCCUCUUUCUCUCUUCUGCGUCCCUGGGUUGCUUCUUGUACUCUUCCCUCUCUUCUUUCUUUUCCCCCACACUCUACCCACCUUCUCAUCUUCCGUCCAUUACUUUCACAUCCCCUCCUCUAUCUCCCCGGAUUCUCCCCAGUUCGGUGAACCGGUCAACGCAUCACUGCUCUCAAAACUUCAUAACUAAACUAUCAGCAUGGCGAGCACCCCAGAAAAGCUGGGAGGUGGCCGCGAUGCGGUGCUCACAUCGGAGGCCUCUAGUGCUACCCAGCAAGAGAUCUUUGACUCUGGUCUGCCCGAGAAACUCGACCAGAAGGGUGCACAACUCGAAAAUACCGACGCCUCGGGCCGAGUCGAGCUUACGGAGGAUAUGUGCUACGACAAGCUCGGAUAUUCAUUCAGUGAGAAACGCAAGUGGAUGAUCAUCACUGUCAUCUUCUUGGUCCAGACCUCCAUGAACUUCAACACUUCUCUGUAUUCGAAUGGUCUCGGGGGUAUUUCCGAGGAGUUUGGGGUUUCCAAGCAGGCUGCCCGCUGCGGUGCAAUGAUCUUCCUGGUGUUGUACGCUUUCGGUUGCGAGCUGUGGGCCCCAUGGAGUGAGGAACUCGGACGCAAGCCCAUCCUUCAGGCCUCGCUAUUCCUCGUCAAUGUCUUCCAAUUGCCGGUGGCUCUUGCACCCAACUUUGCUUCCGUCAUGGUUGGUCGUGCUUUGGGUGGUCUCUCCUCCGCGGGAGGCUCAGUUACCCUGGGUAUGAUUGCCGAUCUUUGGGAGGCUGAUACCCAGCAGUACGCUGUGGCCGCCGUUGUCUUUUCUUCCGUCGGUGGUUCCGUUCUGGGCCCCGUGGUCGGUGGUUUCGUAGAGGCUUUCCUGCCAUGGCGCUGGAGCAUUUGGAUCCAAUUGAUCUUUGGCGGAUUCGUUCAGAUCAUGCAUUUCCUGCUUGUUCCCGAGACUCGUACCACCGUGAUGAUGGACCGAAUCGCCAAGAAAAUGCGCGAGAGCGGCGAGAACCCGAACAUCUAUGGCCCUACCGAGGGCAUGUCUUUCCGCGAGCGGUUCCCCCCUCGUGAGCUCCUGGCCACCUGGAUCCGUCCCUUCCGCAUGUUCCUUACCGAGCCCAUCGUGUUGACCUUGUCGCUGCUGAGUGGCUUCAGUGAUGCUCUGAUUUUCAUGUUCGUGCAGUCUCUGUCGCUGGUGUAUGAUCAGUAUGGUUUCAACACUUGGGAGAAGGGUCUGGCCUUCCUCCCCAUCCUGGUCGGCUACUUCAUUGCUUGGUUUUCCUGGUUCCCAGUUAUUCGGCGCAACGUCAAGGAGCGCCGGGAGAACCCCGACAGCGAACGGGCCCAAUAUGAGUCCCGUUUAUGGUGGCUGUUGUAUACCGUUCCGUGCUUGCCCAUUGGUUUGAUUGGCUUCGCUUGGACCAGCUUACCUCAGUGCCACUGGAUCGGCUCCAUGAUCUUUGCCGCCAUCAUCGGUAUUGCGAACUACGCUAUCUACAUGGCCACCAUUGACUAUAUGAUCUGCGCCUACGGUCCAUACUCUGCAUCGGCCACUGGUGGUAACGGAUGGUCGCGAGACUUCUUGGCUGGUGUCCUGACUAUUCCUGCUACCCCCUUCUUUGAAAAUAUCGGUGGCAAGUACCACCUCGAAUAUGCUUCAACGAUUCUCUUCUGUAUCUCGUUGCCUCUGGUUGUUGCCGUCUACGUGAUCUACUGGAAGGGUCCCGCUCUGCGCAAGCGCUCUCCGUUUGCCCAGCAGCUCGAGGAGGCCCGCCACGACAUGGCUAUCCAAGGCCGCCGCCUGUCCAAGGUUCCGGAGGCGUCGCGUGCCAACUCGUACGCCCGGUCUCAGCAGGAUCUCCGCAUCCGGCAAACCAUGGGCAGCCGUCCCGGUUCGCGAGUCAACUCCCGCGCCAAUUCUCGAGUCAACUCACGCCGCAACAGCUUGGUCGGAGCCUGAGCAGCUGUUUCAUUUCAGUAUACUGAGGAAUACUGAUUCCAAAGACUAUCGCACAAGUCCUUGAUGCACAUGCAAGGAAUAUGCACUUCGCAACAAUAUCCUAAGGCCAAUUGCCACGAGGUAAAGUUUGCGGCCUAGGGAUUUAUGGGCAAAAUCACAUCUUCUAUUCUCUGUGCAUGUCUUUUCAACCGCAUGGAUCCUUUGCGCUGGGCGUUUUGGACUCUUAAUUAAUUCAAUCAAUGUUCUUGGGGGGAGGGUUAAGGGAAUCUUCUGUGGCUGGCAGGCAUGCAUCUUCCAUGCUUGAGUCUGUGCGCCACUGUUUGGUGCGUUGGUGCCUGCUUGACUACGUUGGUAGCUUGCCUUUUUUUUUCUUUGCUUGCACUAUUUUCCAAAGUGUGGUUUGAGGGAUCUGUUUGGUACUGCAAUGUACGGUUAUGGGCUUUGGCGAUGGGAUGCGAUGCUUGUUAUGAACUCUAUGUUUUAGUUGAUUACCCCCAAUCCAGUUGGUUGCCCCCAGGAUCUUUUGUGUCACUAUGAGUUGUAGAGUAAUCGGAGUAUCUCAAUCUGAAUCACAGUUGAAGAGACAGCUAGACUGCAUUCCUG